AUGGAAGAAUUCUCCCCCGAACUUCUCCGGGCAUUCACCAGAAUUCUCAACCGCGCCGCACAACUGUCAACCGUUAGUGACAGCGGCGAUAACACCGACGAUAUCGUACCAUCUCAACGACGACCACCUCCAUUCACGAUAUCUCAGUACAGCUCAGUGGAACGAACAACUAUCAAGGACUACUUCACACGUUUCUCCUGGGCUCUAGAACUGAGCAAAAUUCCUGUAAACCAACACGCAAACUACGCUCGUGUUUAUAUGGGAUCUGAACUGAAUGAUACCUUGAAAUUUUUAGUGAGUCCGGUUAAUCCAGAAACUCUCUCUUACGAUGAGAUCAAGACUACACUUAGUAAUCACUUGGAUUCGACACGUAAUAAGUACGCGGAAAGCAUUAAAUUCCGACAAGUUAAACAAAACGAGGGUGAAUCAGUUGCCAGUUUUUCACUCCGAUUGCGCCAGACCGCUGCACACUGUGAGUACGAAUCAUUUUUAGACAGGAUGCUUAUUGAACAACUGUUACACGGUCUGUUAUCUCGAGAAAGUUGUGACGAAAUAAUUGAAAAAAAACCAUCCAAGUUUUCAGAAGCCUAUGAGAUAGCACAUUCGCUUGAGGUUACUCGUAACACUGCUAACGAAGUAAAAACACCGAACGCUGAAAUAACCAAUAAGAUAGGGUUCGAGAAACCAAAAUCUCGGAGAAACAACCUCGAACCUAGCACCAGCCAUCGAUCAUCGCAAAACACCAACCAAGGAUUUCAGAUGAACCAACCAAAAUGUACAGGUUGCGGUGGCUCACACACCCGCAGUCAAUGUACAUUUUGGGACGCCGAGUGUAUCAAAUGUAGAAAGAAAGGCCACAUAAGCACUGUUUGUAGGUCAGGGUCGAGGAAUCCUCAGCGAACUAAUCAAAUCGUCGAAGAUGAAUUCCCAGCAGAACAAAUAGAUGUCAUACAGCAUCUUGAUGAAAUGAUUAGUUCAGUAUCUGCAUUUAAAAAAAUUAUUGCUCGAAGUUAA